AUGUGGGAAUACGCCGACAACCAAUCCAUUUUCCAUCAAGAAAAUGUUCGGUUCCCUCCGCCCCCGGAGUGUCGCGACCAUCCUACGGAUGGUCACAACCUUAGAAGAGCACACAUGACUUCACAGCCAAAUCUCUCCACCAAAUCCACAAGCAGACCUACAAUCUUGUAUGAUCUCUCAAGAGUGCGGGAAACCCAUAUUCAAAUUACCGCCAAGGAAGCAAGAGCGCUCCGUCGGACCCAACUCCUCCGCGGCACGCACACUCUCUCGCCGCCACCUUCUGGAACAUUCCCAAAAUCAUCCCUAAAAGGACACUCAACGGAUGGUCGACUCCUUUCGUCGUCUCCCAAACCACCAACUCGUCGUCCGGACACUCAACAUCUUGUCAACGACACCAACAACUACCAGCACGAGCACUUCGCUCCCUACCUUAGAGUAGCUCUUCCUUGCCGUAUAAGGAGUGAGCAUUCUUUGGCUAUGGGUGAGAAGGGAAGGCUCUCGGACAAGCCAACUACCAGCCAAGCCGAUCGCCAACUCCAAUCAUUCACUGUCAAAGCUCUAAUAAAGAUAACCCACUUCAUAUCAAAAACAAUGCUGUCUCCAACUAGUAUGUACAAGUUGACAGUCAUGAAUAUGACGACGGCUGCCAUCGAACAAACUGAUACUAUAUUCCGAGCUGCAUUGAUUUUGGAAUGGGUUCUCAUUUCGAUUGGAUUCGGAGAGACUAUGCUUCUAUGGUAUCUUUUGAGAUACACUAAUCAGUAUCACAGGAAUUUGGCAAUGAUUGUCGAGCAGUUGCCUAAUCAAUACUUUCCUUCACUUCUUGCGAGAAUGUAUAUGAUUUAUAAACAAUUGACCAUCCCGAAUACAGCCGAACUGAUAAAUGACCAGUCAUUUCUCUUUGCUGUAUGGCUCCGCAAUUCUCUACUCUUUGUUGCUUUUUACUUCGCUCCGUUUCCAGUUAUCGAACGAUGUUUUGCCACUGUAUACAUGCAGGACUACGAAACGAAUAAAAGACGAUGGAUCUCAUAUCUGCUAAGUACAAUUCUUUACAUCAUCGCCUUCACUUCUGCUCAAUUUUUCAUUUUUGGGUCUUAUCGUGAGGUUCACAUUUUUUUGAUCACCGGAUUCAACUUGGUUGCUUUUGGGUUAACAUUUGUAAUGGAAAGAUACAAUAAGAAGAGGUAUUCGAAGUUGAGGAAAAACGUGAAUUCCGAUUAUUCAUUGAGUGUGAGGGCACAGUUGUCGGAGAAUAUUAAUAGUACUUUGCCGUUCAAAGUGAUGUGUUUCUCAAUUGCCUUCUUCGCUUCUUUGUGCACUUCAAUGCUCCACGUGGAUGAGUGGACGGAAUCUCAAACAAUUCGAAAUUGGGUUUACAUGGCUUUCAAUUUCAGUUGUUGGUCUUAUGGUACAAUUGUCCCAUUUUUCAUGUUGGCUUAUAAUCCAUUAUGGCAGAAGGAGUUGAAGAGACUUGGGAAUCGGAUAUGCUGCUGUCUCAUUCAUAAGAAUAGAAUAGGCGAAGAGCCAUCUCGAAAGAAAAAAAAAACGACGAAAGUGAAGGAUACAUUCGGAAGAAACUGCUUAGUGGAUGACACAGAACACUCGACUAUCUACUUCUCUCAAUUGAAUGCUGAAUGGAAUGCUCCACCUGAACCAGAUUCGAAAAGAAGAAAGAGUAGAGAUAAAAAAAGUGAACUAGUGCUUUCAGCAAAGGCUCAACCUCAAUCAGUAGCCUAUCGACGGUCUAUUUCAAACGGGUCAACGUCCCCGAGACAGGAAAUAAAUUGA